ACUUUCCUUUUUGCGCACACACGCACACUCUAACCCACGAAGUGCGCCUGUGCUGUGAGAGAUGACUGAACACUGUUGCUCAGCCGGUCCUCACUGAGGCAGACACUCGCAGAAAAAGGCUCUGUCCGGGUUUGGUUUCAUUUGGAGGAACGACUCGGAGCUCUGUCUGCCGGGAUUUACGCGACAAAAUGCGGCGUCUUGGACUGAGUGUGUUACAGUACUUUGCUGGUGCUGCGUCUCCAUGAAUGUCUGAAGGAAGCCAGUCUGUGCGCAGCUCGUGGUGUUGAAAGUUGUUUGGUUUUAGUCCGAGAGAAGAUGCAUUUUUUCCGGAGUCACAAUUAUCAAGUGUUCCCGGAUCGCUACUCGAUGGAAACCCCGACCAUACGAGGCAUCAGCUGGACACCACUGCCAGAAGCCCUGGAGUCAAAGGACACUAUGAAGCAGUUUCUUUCAGAUCGCGUUGUGAAGGCUGCGAGAUCGGUGUACAGUGUCAUGAUCGAGAGGAACCCCGGUCUGAUCCGAGACAGAAAGCAUCACCUCAAAACAUACAGACAAUGCUGUUCUGGGAAAGAACUUGUCGAAUGGUUGAUGAAACAGAACGAGUCUCUUCAGUGGAGAACCCAGGCAGUUGGGAUGUGGCAGGUCUUGGUGGAUGAAGGAAUCCUUGUUCAUGUGAAACAUGAGUUAAACUUCCAUGACAAGGACACACAGUUCUACCGCUUCAAAGAUGCCGAGUUUGGUCUGAACCAUGUCGCGAACGAGAGGGAUUCAGAGGAAGAGCUGCAGGAAGGUCUGUCUCUGCUGUCCCAGCUGGGUCCUGAUGCUCUCCUCACUAUGAUUCUACGCAAAUGCCCAAGUCACAGAACUGCUGAGGAUCUGGAUGUAAUCUACGAGGAGCUGCUCCACGUCAAGGCUGCUGCUCAUCUUUCUGCCUCGGUGCGUAAGGAACUGGCUGCAGUGCUGGUCUUUGAAUCACAUGCCAAGGCCGGAACAGUCUUGUUCAGUCAGGGGGACAAAGGCACCUCGUGGUACAUCAUCUGGAAAGGCUCUGUGAACGUGAUCACUCACGGGAAGGGGCUGGUAACCACACUCCAUGAAGGUGAGGACUUUGGGCAGCUGGCUUUGUUAAAUGAUGCACCUCGUGCUGCUACCAUUAUCUUGAGAGAAGACAACUGCCAUUUCCUCCGUGUUGAUAAACAGGACUUCAUACGUAUUCUUAAGGAUGUGGAGGCCAAUACAGUGCGACUGGAGGAACAUGGGAAAACUGUGCUGGUAUUGGAGAAGAGUACCAGCUCAGCCGAGCAAGGUGGAGCAGCAAGCAACAGCAAGUACACCGUCAUGUCAGGAACACCUGAGAAAAUCUUGGAGCACUUGGUGGAAACAGUGAAGUUGGAUUCUAAUGGAAAUUAUGCUUUAGAUCCCUGUGUGAGUGACUUUCUGCUCACACAUAAAGUUUUCAUGGCCUCCAGCCAGCUGUGUCCCGCUCUAUGGCACCACUACCAGGCAGAGCUCUCGGAGGGCUCAGACCAGGAGAAAGCUGCCUACAUUCUCAACACCAAGCAGAAGGUAGUAAAAUUAGUUGGCCAGUGGGUGGCACUGUAUGGCCUUCUGCUGAAAGAAGACCCUAUUUCUUUGGACUUUUUGGAGAGAAUGAAGAAGGAGGUGGCAACUGAUGUCCGUCUUUCCAGCCUACUGAAAGAACAAUUUAGGGAAAGGAGGAGAAUCAAAAUGAUGGAGAAUGGAUAUCAGUCACUUGGCAGGAAUCAGCCAUUCGAUUGGUUUUCCUGCUACGAGGAGCCUUCAGGGAGGUUACAGCCAAUCAAAGCACAGGAUAAAGUGCUAUAUGAAAUCUACAGGCCAGACAACAAACCUCUCACUGUGAUGCUCCCAGUGAACACGUCAGUACAGGAUGUGAUGUCAGCAAUCGUCAAACCUAGUGGUGAUCACAUCCUUGUCAAAAUGAACUCCACAGGAGAAAGAGCUCAGUUAAAGCUGGACGCUACUGCAGUCUACACUGCCUUGGGACUCAACGAAAGACUGUUCAUCUGUACAAGCAGCCAAGUGGAACAACUGGUUCCCCUCGGGGAGCAGCAGGGUCCAGAGCGAGGAACGACUGAUGUUCUUGAACAGAUGGGCUCGAAAGACAUUGCCAGUGAACUGACAAAUUAUGACUGGGAGCUAUUCAAUGCCAUGCACGAGGUGGAGCUUGUUUACUACAUAUUUGGCCGUCACAAGUUCCCUGGUGCCACCACAGCGAACCUGGAGCGGUUUGUGCGACGUUUCAAUGAAAUGCAGUUCUGGGUGUUGACCGAGUUGUGCCUCUGUGAAGACCUAAUGAAACGAGCCAUUCUGCUGAAGAAGUUCAUCAAAAUUGCUGCUGUCUUAAAGGAGCAGAAGAAUCUCAAUUCCUUUUUUGCUGUGAUGUUUGCUUUGAGCAACAGUGCAGUACAGAGGCUUUACAAGACCUGGGAGAGAAUACCGAGCAAAACAAAAAGAAUUUAUUGUGCUUAUGAGAGGCUGAUGGAUCCUUCACGCAACCACAGGGCCUACAGACUCACUGUGGCCAAACUCAGUCCUCCUUACAUCCCCUUCAUGCCUCUGCUGCUCAAAGACAUGACAUUCAUCCAUGAGGGAAACUCAACCUAUGUCGACAAAUUGGUCAAUUUUGAGAAAAUGCGAAUGAUUGCCAAGACAGUGAAAAUAGUGCGAGGAUGCAGAAGUCAGCCGUUUGUGCCUUCAUCUCCACAGAGAGGCCUGGCUGAUCGGAUGUUUCUGGAAGGGCCUUCUACUCGCAUAUCAACGUACUCAGACAACGCCCUCCCUCUGCGAAGUCCCACCAACAUCCGACACUACAUCCAGAACCUGAAGGUGAUUGACAACCAGCGCAAGCUCACACAGCUAUCACGGACAUUAGAAUGCUAGGACAUGAGUCUGCAGAUGUGAAGAGACUGUAGAAAUGUAGCACAAAUCUGAACUGAUGAGCUGGUUCUUGCUCAAGCCACAAAGCCUCCUUACUCGUCGUGAAAAGAUGGACCUCUUGCAGUGUCAAGUGCAAUGGAAACAUAAGGAGAUUGGACAUUAUACAGCUCCAGACAUGGACAUCACAAUGGUAACACCUCUGACACGCCCCCAGAAGGAAACCACGUGGUUCAUACCAUAGACAGCACAUAAAUCAGGCAAUAUGUCAACAAAACAUGUCUCAUUGCCGGCAGUUUUCGUCAUAAAAGUGAAGAAUGAAUAGCUAUUGUGCCCCGGGAUGCUUACACAGCGACAGGCUAACUGGAGAACAUUUAACUGGACCUCCACAGAGCCAGAGAGACGGCAGAGGUGGCUCGCUAUUGCAAGCAGUUUUAACAUUUAAUUGGUAGACAGCAUAUUCACUACCGACCUCUGCAACGUCAUUAGUCUAAACUACAGUUACACAUAUCUGCAAUUCAGUUUUUACUAGUCAAAAUGACAUCACUUUUCAAGAUAGCUUUUAUUUUUUCUUUAUUAAAGACAUCUACAUUGUCCUUUCUAGAUAUCUUGGAUUAAGUUUCAGAUAGUCCAAAUUAGGUUGUACAUAUAUCGAACUUGAAUUGUGUCUAGUCAUAAUGACUGGAACUGGAAUUGGAGAUAUGUAUAAUUGUAGUCAGUCUGACUAUUAUCAACUGAAUUGAAUCUGAAACUGUAGUUUUAACUUGGAAGAAUGACAUCACUUUGUCAUAUGUAUGGGGUUUGACAUUUGAUAUCUACAUUUAACUCACUAACUCACUCACUCACAGUUGCGUUAAUCACAAACCCCAUACAAAUGAAUGGCAAAGGGGACGUCAUUUCGACGAGUAAAGCUGGUUGCACUGAACUGAGCUUUAGUUUUUGCAAGUAUGAAUGACGUCAUAGAUACGUAGUCAAUUAAAUUACAGCUAGCUGCCAUAGAUAUCUGUAAUGGUAAUUCCACAAAGAAGGCUUUCCACAUUAAUGUUGCUAUGAAACGUGCACAGCGGCCCAAAUCAAAAAUGAGCGAUGGGAACAAAAACAAGCAAAGUAUUUUGUAACUCUUGGUAAAUAAUGGACUCAGUCUGACACAAGUCACACAGCAAUUAUUUAAGUUACAUUGCCCGUUGCUAAUGCUAAUUGCUAAUGUAAUGCUAACACAACACUCACCUGUCCAGUGACACACAAGGCUUUUUUAGCCGGAAGAACUCCAGAGUUGAAUGUUCAAGCCAGAUAUCGUCCAUUUGUUUUUCUUCCAAGCUCGUGUAAACUUUUGAGUAACUCUCUGGAGUAAGAAGGGAAGUUAAUUAGGAAGUUAAAGAUGUCGGUAUUAUACAUAUAUAUCGGUAAAUCUUCGUAGACUUUGAGUGCUCAGUGAACUCUGACAGGUUAAAUCCAGCACCGGUCAUUUUUGCCGCAUCUGACGCUGCUAACGUAGAAGCCGAGUCACGUGACUUCCGGAGCUCUAUUGACAAAUCUAGAACAGCACGUGUGCAGGCCAGGGUGCACAGUAAUGACUUCUGAUGCUGAACCUGUGCGACACAUUCAUGUGACAUGUUCUACACUGCUGUCUGGUGGCUCCAUUAGGCUAGAUUUUAGCCAUUGCUAAUCACUUAAGGUCAGUUAUUUAAGUACUUUUUCCACUAUUUUCACUUAAGCACUGUGGUAUUUUAUCUUUUUUUUUGACUGAUGUGCAUGUAAUUUUGUACAAUGUUUUCUAAAUAAAUUAUUUUCUCAGUUAUGCAU